AACACUCGCUAGAAGUUCAUGUAACUUGUCGGCUAGGUGGUCGUGCUGGUGCAGUGCUCGCACAUUGUUUCUAUCGAUAAAGCAUUUAUUUCUGAAUAAACAUGUCAGGAAAGGUCGUGCUGUAUUACUUCGACGGACGAGGGAAAAUGGAGUCCAUUAGGUGGCUGCUGGCCGUUGCUGGUGUUGAGUUCGAAGAGGUGUUUUUGACCACAAGGGCCCAAUAUGAAAAACUGGUGAACGAUGGAGCUCUGCUGUUUCACCAGGUUCCAAUGGUUGAAAUGGACGGAAUGAAGCUGGUGCAGUCAAAGGCCAUCAUGAAUUACAUAGCAGGGAAAUAUAACCUCUAUGGCAAGGACCCUAAAGAGAGGGUCAUGAUUGAUAUGUACGCUGAGGCUGCUCGAGACAUCAUGGACAUGAUCAUGAUACUGCCCUUUACACCACCAGAGAAAAAACAGAAUCAGCUGGAAAAUCUGCAGGUCAAAGCCAAAGUCCGCACUCUUCCGGCUUAUGAAAAGGCUCUCGGUGCUUCUCAGUUCCUUGUGGGUAACCAGCUGAGCUGUGCUGAUGUCAACUUCUUUGAAGCCUCUCUGAUGCUGGAAGAGCUGUUCCCCACAAUACUGUCAUCCUUCCCCAACAUCCAGGCAUUCCAAAAGAGAAUGAAAGCCAUUCCAACAAUCAGCAAAUUUCUGCAGCCUGGCAGCCAGAGAAAGCCCCCACCUGAUGAAGUCUAUAUAAAAACUGUAAUGGAUACAUUGAGCCAUUUGUUCAAGUAGGAGACAGUUGAGCACAAUCACAAAUCAGUAAAGCACUUCGAUGUCUAAUUGUGCCUAAUGUGGAAGGGGGAGUGUUUAUAGCUACAGAUUUACUAUGGAAAAGUUGUUACAAGCACUUCUGAGUUUUAUCUGUAAGUGUCAGUCACACAAGAGCACUGGCUUCCUGUAAGGCUUUCGAUAUUAUUAUUAUUAUUAUUACAUUGACACAAACUAAUAAUACACAUAUACUGUGAGUACCAAUUCCAGAUGAGCUACUGAAUGACUUCAUGUACAAUGUCAACCUAGCGAGCCAGAUUCAGAAAUAUCUUUACAAUAGCUGUGUGUAAUCAUUAAACCGCAUAAUGUAAGGGCUCCUGAGUGGCCCUGUCAUCAAGUGAUGCUACAGCCGUCCGUAGCUGGGAGUCCAAGAAAGCACAACUGGCCUCACUCGUUCUGGGUGGGUAGGAUGGCCCUCCUUUUCCUUCCAUCACUCAACGCGAUGCUAGUCAGCACAGGCG